CCGCAGCCGCGCAUCGUUACCUUCAAGACGUUGAAGGAUAAUGGAGCGGAAGAGUUUCGAGGAGACAAGAUGGGGGAGCCCCAGAUUGCGUUGGAUUGGCUUGAGCAGAUGGACCGGGUACUCAAGAAUUUGAGAGUCCCUGAUGCAGAUCGCUCGGAGUUGGCGUCACAGAUGUUCCGGAAGGGAGCAUAUGAUUGGUGGAAGCGCAUUGACCAGGAUCCACACACGCCCAAGCCAUGGACCUGGGAUCGCUUUGAUCGAGCCUUCACGAAGGAGUACGUCCCCACCCGGUACCACGAGGAGAGGCGCGAUGAGUUCGUUGCGCUUAAGCAGGAGGGGAUGUCACUGCCUGAACUGAGACAGAAGUUCGACUACCUGUCCCAGUAUGCGAUGAGUCUGGUCUCCACUCCGGAGGAUCGUUUGAAUGAGUUCGUAAAGAAGCUACGGCCAGACUUGAGGCCGUACGCCGCGCUGAUCACGACGACAGAUUUUAAUGCAGCGUAUGAUUUGAUUGUGAAGACGGAAAAGAGCUUGGACGAUUUGCAGGCAACCAAGAAGGAUGAUCGAGCGACGAAAGACCCGCGACCCGCAGCCAGCACCGGGCCGAGCGGGAAGAGUUUUGGAUUCGGGGGGAAGAGGGCAUUUCAGGAGGCAUUGCCCAAAAACCCUAGCAGCGAGCCUGUUUUUCCUAGAGCUCCGGAUCAGCCUGCCACAUCGCAUCCAGCACGGAGUCAGCAGUCUACAGCCGCAAAUAAUCAGCAGAGACCACGUCCGCAGCAGACAGGCCGUGCACCAGCGCGUACCUACGCCAUGCAGGGGCGCACAGAUCCUAGUCCCAAUGUUAUCUUGGGUACGUUCAUACUAUUUGAUUCGGUUAUGCAUGCCUUGAUCGAUCCGGGUUCCACGCUCUCCUAUAUCUGUGUUGGCAUGCCUGCUAAUUCUGCGAUUGUGAGGAGUGACCUUGAGAUACCUACCGUUGUAUCGAAUCCGCUAGGACAUAGCAUGCGUCUUCAUCACAUUUAUCAUAGGUGUCCGUUGUCCGUGCAAGGGAAGCAAUUCCCUGCAGAUUUGAUAGAGCUACCACACAAGGAGUUUGACAUUA